AUGGACCCAAGUGGUCCAGACGAGGAUGUCUCAGCCACAUUCUUCAACCAUGCGGUGGAUUUGGCACCCAUCGACAACCGCCCGGCAAAGGUCCGGCGGCUGUCGAUGGAGGAGGACUAUCUGUACGAGCAGGUCAUGACCUUUGCCCAGCCGCCCAGCCCGCCGGCAUAUCACGUCGCCACGCAUGGCACGUACGAAGGGCCGUCGCGCAAGGGCAGGGAGACCAUUCUGGACGCGGGGCAUUCGGCCGAGGACGAGGACGUGCUGCCGCGGUACUACUGCGACGUGCACAUGGAGAACGUUUUCCAGAUGAAGAUGGAGAUCGAGGACGCCGUCAAGAGGGCCGAGUACAGGAAUUGGCGAACCAUGUUCGUCGUUCUGCACGGCACGGCGCUGCACAUCUACGGCUCCAAGGACAGGGGCUGGAGCUGGAGCAAGAGCAGGAUGCAUGGCCCGGACGUCCAGCCGGACAACCCUCCGUGGCUGAGGAAGGGCUCUCUGGAGCGCAGUUACAGCUUGCAACACGCCGACGUGGGGAUUGCGGCUGAUUAUCACAAACGGCGCUAUGUCAUCCGUAUAAGGGCAGAGACUGACCAGUUCCUCAUCUCCUGCGUGGAGCUCGAGACAUUUGUCAAAUGGCUCGAGUGUCUCUUCGCCGCCAUAGACGUGGCCGCCCCGAUCGACGAGAGAGACUUCCCAAGAGACCAGAGCAUACCCCGAAUCCAGCGAUUACGAUGGCUGCGCGGACAAUACUCGGCGCAGGCAACCAGCAAUGGCGGCACGUUCCAACAACUGACCGAGUCACUAGUCUCGAUGCCGGGGUCUGACUUCGAUUCUGCCAUGCCGGUAGACCCGCCCACCGACGUCGAGAUGUCACCAGACGGCCCCGGGAUAGACCUCACCAACGGCGCAGCAGCCAUAGCCCCCUGGGACAACGCCGCCGCGCCAAACCCCCGGCAGAGUCUUGUCCCUGUGCGGCGCCUGUCGACGUCAUCGUACCACAACGAGAACGUCGAGCCCGAGACGGGCAAGUGGCGGCCCCGGCACAUCUGGACGUCGACGCACGACAUGGUCUACGCCAAGCUCUGCUACGCCGUGCUGCUCUUCAAGAGCCCGCGCAAGUCCAACUUUGUCAUCUUCAAGGGCCAGAGGUGGCACAUCGACUGGUCCACGGGCCAAAUGUCCAGGGUCCAGCCGCCGUCGUACGGCGAGCCCGAGUUCUGGGGCCCGUGGCAGGUCAUUCAUGCGGAGAACCCGCGCCUAUAA